AUGGCGAGAUCCUUGAUGCCCUCCACUUCUUCCACCGCCAGCACUACUACUACAACAACCACCACCAUACUAACCCUAGAAACCGCAUCUUCCUCCAAUCAACAACAACAACAGCCAAUUACGGAAACCCUAGUUUUGAAAUUGAAGGCACCUAAGAAGAAGGUUUCGUGGAAGGAAGGCACGGUGGACAACGAGUUCAUGAACAAGAAGAGUUCUAAGAAAUGCUGCAUUUUCCACAAGGAAAAGCCGUUCGAUGAUGAUGAUUCGGAUGAGGACGAUGAUCACAAACAUAGUCGUGGUGAUGGUGAUGGUGAUGGUGAUGGGAAUUGUUUCCAUGGCCAUGGGGAGAACAUUACUGGGCAGUGA